AUGCGGCGGCGGCAUCCAGUGUCUUUCUCCGCGGAAAGCCGCGGCUCUGAGCCUUGCAUCGUCGUCUCCGAUUCAUUCGCACGUCGUCGCCGGUCCUUCGUGCUUCGCUCCGCCUUCCCGAAGGUCUCCAAGCCUAAGAAACCCCUUAGAGAAGACUCUACUCAUACCAACUCCAACUCAUUAAGCGGCAAGCGACGACGCAGUAUCCAAGACGUCACUGAACCAGUCUCCGGUAGCCAUUUGAAGCUACAGCGCUUUGCUCCGACGCAGCGAUUGGUCGACGAUCGCGCAGACUUCUGCCUGUACCUGGAGCUUCAACUCUCAACUAAACAGGCGCUCGAAGAUGCCCAUGCACUCGUCCAAGUGACGGCCAGAGCGCUACGUGCUGCUGGCUGCAGUGUAUCUGUCCACAUGCUACAAGCCCCCGACUCUGAGGUGCUAGCUGUCAGUGAGGAAGAAGCACAGGCGUAUGCCUUAACUAUAGGCAGUGAAGUACCCGACCAAAGCGUCACAGAGAAAGGAGAAUGGGCAGGUCGUGUGGCCAUGCAAUUAGCUCCAUGGGUGACUCAACAUCCAGACUAUACCAGCCACGUAUUGCCCCUUACGGGUGCUGCACAGUGUCAAAGACUGUGUAAAUUGAUACUCACCGAGCUUCGACUCGAGUUGGAUGUGUGUUGCUUACAUGAAGGAGGUCAUAGUACUCAAGCGAAUAGUACAAGUGCUCCAGUAUUACUCAGUGCCAGAGAGAAAUUACUACCGCAAGUUAUGAGGGCCAAGACGUUCACCAAUGUGAUGCUAUACCCGCUACAUCGGGACGAAGCGAGACGCCAGUUGACACGCCGAUGGGGAGCGCAGAGUGCGCUAGCGCUGCCUCCUUUGCAGGAUAUCUACGCGUAUUUUGGACCGAGAAUCGCCAUGUAUUUCGCCUGGCUGGCGUUUUAUACAAAGAUGCUGGUAUUACCCGCAGUGUAUGUCGUUGUAGUGCAUGUGCUGUGCCAGCUAAAUCUGGCCCCGAGCUGCUCUGUGCACUGCUUCAAAGGCGAGUGGAUGCAAGACCCCGUGACUGGGGUACGCUGUUUCGACUAUCCACAUCAUAAGCGUCUUCUGCGGCAACUUCUAGCUGUCCCGUUAUUAGUGUCCAUGUGCUGUUUAGUAGUAGGGUACGUUGUCGGGCUACACGUAUUUUCGGAACGGCUUCGAGCGAGCUACAAGGGUAGCUGCACCCAGGGACCUUAUGUAGCGGAAAACUGGGUACCCAGCUACGAUACCGUGACGUGCGCCUUUGUAUCACAUGGUCCAAGCGUCAUAAACGCCGUGAUCAUCCACGUGAUGGACAAUUUGUAUCAGUUAUUGGCGCGCAAACUCACGGAAUUCGAGAAUUACCGUACACUGGAUGAACACGAAGCACAUUUGGUGGCUAAACGCAUGCCGUUUCAUCUCGUCAAUAGCAACGCAUCGCUCUGGUUUCUCGCUUUCUAUGUGCGACGACUGGAUCAUGUUCGUGAGCGUCUGUGGAUUCUACUGGUAGCGACACAGCUGAUCGAUAAUUUCAAGGAAGUAGGUCUGCCACUCGCUGUCUCGGUGGGCGGUCAAGUGCUCACAGCGGAGAAUAAACGGCGUCGGAUCCAGCGUCAGCACUCGACGCUUCGAGCCAAGCGUGAGCGAGUCGACGUGGCUAAAGCGGCGACAGAGCAACGACUGGCGCGAGUUCUUAUGCAGAAGCGACAGGCAACGUAUCGUGAUACAUUUGCUGACUAUAAGGAGCUCAUGGUGCAGUUCGGGUACGUGACUCUGUAUAGCCCAGUGUUCCGUUGGCGGCGGCUUUCGCGGUGCCUGGUGAGCUUUGCCGGUGUAGCUGUCGUUGUUAACUGCGCGCUAGCGUGGCUGAACUGGGCAGCCCCUGAAGUGCCAGUAACGUCGUCACUUGGUAAGAAGGCAGUGUUGCCACCGUCCGUGCUUGAGACGAUAGUUAAUGGAGCUUCGCUGUCUGCUGUAAAUGGACAAUAA